GAUCGGACUCGUCGACAGGACAAACUGUUAGUCAAAAACUCUUAAAAGAUGCAGUGCGGCGGGCAUUGUACCGUAGGAGGCGGCACGAGAAAUACGCCGCCAAUUUUCCACAUACGCCGGCGUACAUUCCAGACGGGUACAUGCCUGUACCGGCAUACGUGCCCAUGCCACCUCCAGCAUCCGGAUAUACGCCGCCUCCAUCAUCUGGAUAUGUGCCCGCGACGCCUCCAUCAUCUGGAUAUGUGCCUGCGCCGCCUCCGUUAUCUGGAUAUGUACCUGCGCCGCCUCCGUUAUCUGGAUAUGUACCUGCGCCACCUGUACCAUUGGAAUAUGUGCCCGCACCGUCUCCACUAUACGGAUAUGUGCCUGCGUCAUUUGUACCAUCUGAAUAUAUACCCGCGCCACCUCCGUCAACCGGAUAUGUGCCCGCACCGCCUGCACCAGCCGGAUACGUCCCCGCACCGCCUGCACCAGCCGGAUAUGUUCCCUCGCGGCCAGCACCAGCCGGAUGCAUGUCUGCGCCUCCCGCACCAUCCGGUGCCCUAUUAUUAUAA